AGACAGAUGGCCAAGGCAGGAAUUGAACCUGGGUCCCUGGCACAAUGAGGCAGCAGUGCCAGGGAAUCAUGACUGGGAGAUCGAAAAACUCGAGCAGCGCAUCAGAGGGGCGGAGCAACGGGCCACGGCCUCGGAGACUGCUGCUGAGUCAUCCGUGGGUCAGGUCUAGGCUCUGGACCAGCGAGUCCGGACCCCUGGAGGAGCACAUCGACGAUCUUGAUUCUCGAGGUCGUCGGAAGAAUAUUCGGUUGCUGGGCAUUAUCGAAAGGGAGGAGGAAGGCCAGCUUGUGGAUUUCUUGGAGCAAUGGCUCCCAUCAUUAUUGAAGUUGGAGUCGGAGCUGGGCCGGAUGUAGGUGGAGCGGGCCCACCGGGUUGCUGUGCGCAGGCCCAAGUCGGACAAGCAUCCCCGCCUGAUCUUAAUCCAACUCCAAGGAAAAACAAAUGAUCCUAGAGGCCUCCAGAGUCCAGGGGAAGAAUCCCCAGGCCAUUGUGUACAAGGGCUCCAAGAUAAUGCUAUUUCAGGACUUCUCUCCAGUCGUGGUCCACAAGAGAAGAGCACUCGAUGAGGUGAAGAAGCGUUUGUGAGACUUAAAUAUUCAAUACUCCAUGCGAUAUUUGGCAACGCUGCGCUUCAGCCAUGGAGGAUUCGUUUACAACUUUGGAUCACCAGAAUGUUUCAACUCAUUAUUUCCCUCAAAGAAGUUCCAAUCAUGGUGUUUUUUAACUUCUAGAAAAGAAUUAUCAAGACUUCCUUGGUUUUGGAAAUUCCUGCAUUGACUAUCAAGUACUUGGGGACAUUUGAGUUUCUGAAAGGCACUAUGGAAAGGAUCACGGACUGGAUUAUCAUAUGAAUUUUCAAUGUGAGCUGACUGGAGAGAUUUUCAUCAGGCUCUGCUAGUAAAGUGUUUUGGCAGACAACUACAGUCAAGACUGAAAUAACUUAAUGCUGGGUGAGAGUUGGAAUUGUUGAGGAGGAACAAUGGCUUUGAAGAAAGGUCUUGAGAUGUGGUUCGGUGAUUCACCCACGUGCUCCAGAAGCCCUUUGAUUCCCAGGCAUGGACCGGGACUUGCGGAUGUGACUCAGUACGAUCAGUGGUUGGCUGUGCGGCAUGAGGCCAGCCUAGUGCCAAUGCAGGAAGACCUGUCCAUCUGGUUAAGUGGGAUGCUUGGGAAGGAGGUGCGAGCAGCGAACUUUAUGGCUGAGUUGGAUAAUGGAGUCGUGCUCUGUAAACUGAUUGGUAUUCUUCAACAGAAAGUAAAGGAAUGUGGGAAUCGAGAGUAUCAACAGCACUUUACAAUGAGGAAAGUUCCAUGUAAAACUGAUGCUCCGUCUGGUUCAUUUUUUGCUCGUGACAAUACUGCUAAUUUCCUUUCGUGGUGCAGAGCAGUUGGUGUUGACGAGACGUACCUGUUUGAGUCUGAGGGCUUGGUUUUGCACAAGCAGCCGAGGCAAGUGUGCCUGUGUCUACUUGAAAUUGGGCGAAUAGUCUCUCGCUAUGGUGUGGAACCUCCUGUUUUAGUAAAACUGGAGAAGGAAAUUGAACUUGAGGAAACUCUGUUGACCACCUCUGAACAUCUAAUUCCUGUUGAAAGUACAAAGCCAUGUUGUCAGAAUAAAGAGCUUCACCAAGCUGUAAAGAUCAUUGCUGCUGAUCCUCCAUGCAAAUGUUCACAUCAGUUCUCCAUUGAGUUCUUAUCCGAAGGGCGUUAUCGGCUGGGAGGGAAGAUUCUUUUUAUCCGAAUGUUACAUGGUAAACAUGUGAUGGUGCGUGUGGGAGGAGGCUGGGACACACUCCAGGGCUUUCUUCUGAAGCAUGACCCCUGCCGAGUGUUGCACUUCACCAUGUUGGAGGAGAGGAUUAUGGCUUUUGAGAAGGGCAUCUCUCAUGAUUCCAGCAACACCCCUAACUUGCUGGCAAAAUCCUCCAAACCGCCUCCAACCAUGAACCUUCCACCUGGUAUCAAGAUGUCACAACCCCUGGCUGCACGCCCUGGGUCUCCCUGCAUGCCAUCUUGGCCCAUGUCCAAAGUCGCCAGUGUCCACUGCAGGUGCCCGUCCUCACCAGUGCUGCUAUCUAAAUCGGGGUCCCGUCCAGCAUCUGCCGAAAGCGGGCAUUCAUCUCGUGCGAUGCCAGGUUCAUCCUCCAGAGGCGCCAAAUGUCCUGCAGCAGGAUCGCAGCUGUGCCCUCUGCCUCCACAAUCUCCAGUCAGUCAACCCAAAGGCAUGACCCAACCUGGGAGGAGCAAGGAAGUACAGCCCUCUGCCAAACUUCACAGAACCCCGUCAAAGGCUCCCGGUGGCCACUUUCAAAGCCGUUCAGGCAAAUGUCUGCCAGAUCCUGACACCGAUCCUAAGUUGACCCCCAAAGUCCCCGCCAAGUCCGCUCUGGUUUCCUCCACACCAGUGGCACUUGGCUCUCUGCAGACCCCAGGGAAACGCACCCAGCCCACUGGUCUCACAUCGCCAUCUGCCUCCAAGAGGCCACUAACUCCAGCCAGAGGCCCUGUCCCAGGCUCCACGCCGAUCCCCCGUGCGCUGGACUUCGCACAGAGGAACCUGGUCAGCACGACCAGGGACUCUCCUCGCACCGAGAAGAAUCGGAAGGCAUCAGCGAAGACCCCUUCGUCAAACAGUAAGAAGCCACCACGCAACCCUACACCUGCCCCACGGACUCCAUUGGCCGUUGUCAAACUACCACAGUCCAAGGUGGUGACCCCACAGUCUCCACGGAUACAGUCUCCUGUAACCAAACCCACUCCCAAGGUGGUGAAGGGUGAAUCAUGUCUGGGGAAACAGCCUCAGUCAAACAAAAAGAACGCAUCGGUGGCCUCGUCCGCUCCUUUAAGGAACCUGGCUGCAAAAUGCUGAAGGGCAGAUGUUGACUUUACCAUUAGUAGAAGUGACACACACACAAAAUAAUAAUACAAAUAGUUUCUUGGUGGGGUUGGUGCUACCUUUGUAAGUAUGAAUUCUGUUUGUGUUGAAGCGAACGUCAAACAGUUAUUGAGAUCUGCUGUAGUCACAACAUUGUACAGUCAGUGGAGCAUGAGCCUUUGUUCUCUAUCUCCAGGGUUUCCUCCCAUGUUUCCCCUGUCCUAUCUCCUGUUCCAACGUAUUUUUGACAAUGUAAUUUGCUCAUUCAGUUUUGUAUUAUAAUGAAACCCAGUCGCUCUUUUCUGUUCGGCCUAAACCAUCCCCAGUUUUCGGUGAGAAGUCCUCAACUUGGAGAGUGGGGGAGAUACUGGCAGAAAUAUGAUCAACUGCUGUAAUGUAAGUUCCCCAAUAUUCUUCGAUCUGACCUUAUUGGUGAGGUGUGUGACAAAUUCAGCAGUUACCUCACCCCCACCAUGUGCCCUCCGUUUUGAAUCAGACAACUCAUUUCCAUUUGUCUGGUUUAUCUUGAGCUCACGGCUGAAUUUCUAAUCGAGAGAGGGGUUGGCUCUUCAUCUGUAGGAUUCCAUUUUCAUCCAAUUUUACAGCUCUUUCAACACCUGCUUUUAUAUUUGUCCAAGUCCUUUUCUAAUUCCUCAUCUAAUAGUGUUUUAGGCUUAGCUUCCAUUUGUAUCUGUGGCCGAACAAUCCCCAAUCAAGUUGGACCGGAUAGUUUGAAUAUUGAUUCACAUCAAUUCCCAUUGCACAAUAAGGUUCACUCUUUUGAUUAGUUUUGCCCACGUAGCUGUGAGACAAUAUGAAUUUGACUAGAUCCCAGCAUUACACACUAGCAAGGGACACUCCAAUUAGUUGGGGAUAUUCCUCUUGUGCCCAUUUGUUAAAGCCAUGCUUCCUAUACGGUUUUGCAUACUUUUGUCUACUUUGCUCUAACUUAUUUGACUGGAUUUUUCUGGGGGUUGCAAUCAACUGGAGUUGGGAGUGUAAAUGGGAUAGUCUGUGGUCCUGCUUCCUCCUUGCUCUUCAUUGAGCACCUCCCAUUCCUCUCUGAUGGAAAGCCACGUGAGUGGAUGUUGGGAUUGAUGUCAAGAUGCCUUUGAAACCUCCCCAAUCUGGGCUAAUGUGAGAUGGAAGGCUCACCUGAGCAAGAUGGCAGAGGCUAAUGGCACAGAGGGCAGUGAAGAACCAGUGGUUAAUAAGACAAAGUGACAAAUUGCUGAAUGAGUGCAGUUCAUGAAUGUAAGAAAUUUAUCCAUUUUAUCCCCUGUUUCUCUGCAGAAAAUGAUUUGUAUUUCAUGGCCAUGACUAGCUUUCCUGGUCAAAUUUACUCUUAAUUGCUAGAUGCACUUCUGAAUGUAGCUAUGAUAUUAUGACCAAUCCAAACUACUUCACUCCUGAAAUGUCUCCAUUCCCUGAUCAUUGUAGUUAUAACACUGUAUUUAAUUCCAUUUUAUUUGAUUCACUGACGUGAUGGAUGCUUAAAGUAUCAUUUUGGGAAAAGAAAACACUGACUUUUUAAAAAUGUUAAAGAAUUGCUGAAAAAAUACAGACUUUGUUUAGAAAAAAGCUGUAAGCUUUUCAUCUUGCAGAUGUCAGGACAAUUCACAAGAAAUACAAAAGAAAAGUAAAGGGAAACCAACAUUUGUCCUGGUGGGGAGUUGAUUUGGUAGAGGGCUUGCCCUAUGUCAACUCAACAGAGUGCAUAACAGCCAUUCACUGAUUCAUUUCUAAGCGAAAUAUCUUGAACUAAUUAGAAUAAUCUCUAAGUUCUAAGCAAAAAAACAUUUGGCAGUUAACGGUCGAUCAUCAUUGACUGAUGCAUUUGUCACAGCAACACCCCUAUCCGUCCACUUGAAUACCAUUCAGCACUCCUCUCUUAUGUCAUGCAAAUGCUUUCUUUGUUUUGGUAUUUCUUGCAAAUUGCUGUGAUGAGUGCAAAAUGAAAAGCUUUAUCAUAAAUGUCCCUUUUCAGCAAUGCACAAAUACUGUAUUAUCAAAAAACUAAAUGUAUUUAGGUUGUAUUACAGCUAGAUAAGCUUCAAUAUUUUCAGUGAGCUUGAGCACAUUAGUUCUUCCAAUACUGCACCAAGGUGAGGGUUUGCAUUCCUACCUGGUUUACAGCAGAAGUCAAAUUGCAGAUGUAAGAUUGCCAACUUGAUGCCAUAUGGGUUCAAAGUUUCAGUCCAAUGAGUAUCUUGCCAAUCAUUCUGACAAUCCUACUGAAUACUGUAUUCAAAAUUCUUCUGGUUGAAGCAACAGGUCUUUUGUAGGUUUUAUCAUUGCUGUGUUCUGGUUAGCUUACUGAUUAAGUGGCAGAAUGUUCUGUUUACAUACAUGACACUACAACAGCACUUGUAUAUUGAGUGUUUAAUUAGGUGAAGUGCCUGUUCCUGACAGGUUCACCAGUAUGCUUUAUUGAUCUCAAUGGUGGUGGAGAAAAUGUGGGAAGGCACUUUAGAUCUUGCAUUUAUAUUUGUUUAUUUGUAAUUAAAGACGUUAACUCUAUAGAAUGUGUAACAAUGCUCUCCUGAGAACCCAAUGAGGGAGUUGGCUGCAGUGUCAAAGGCUUUUGAAACUUGCUGUUGUAAACUGGGAUUAAAGUUAUUUAACAAAGGGUGGAAACAACUAUUUUAAAAAUAUCUCCAACUCCAGUAUUUGGAAUGUACUGAAGGUGAAAUGCAUGGUGCACCGGAUUUACACUUUCACCAACUUAUGUUACCUUUUGCUGUAAAGGAAGUUGGGUCAAGUGUAGCUUGUCCAAUUGGAUAUCGUCCAUUGCUCACUUCCUUCCAUUGACUGUUCAUGAUUUGAUGUUAGGAGUUCCACAGUAAGUCAAGAGAUUUUCAAUUUUUGUUAGAUUUUUGAGUGAAACAAUGGCCAGGCAAUGGUUGCAAGCCCUAUGGCUAUACCGGCUACCAAACCACCUGUCAUUCAGAUCCCAGUUCUCUAUAUUUGCAAUUUCCUGUGAAAUAGACAAGAGGUGAUUGCUGCAGUGUAAUAUUGGAAAACAGGUUAUACACAAGUGCCUAAAAAAGCUGUGGGAGAAUGGAUUCUUAUAAUUUGUUUGCAUGAACUUGUAUUUAUACAGAGCUUAUAAUCCUGAGCAACUUGCUAAUUUGGGGAUCUAUUAAUUAGGAAAUGGGAUGGGUUGGAGCUUUGGCUGCUGUGGGGUCUUUAGUUGCUGACCAGAGUUUGGAGUGAGGAGUUUGAGGGGACAGCAGCUCUCCAUGCGUUUGUAGGAUUAUCAUCAAACUGUCAGAGCAGCUUGUCGUUGCAAGCACUGGUUAAAGCUGCACAUGUCCUUCUAUCACUCCGUGAAAUCGAUUGAAUUUCCAUGACCAAAUGUCAUUCCACAAUGUGUUCAUAUGUAUGUAAAUAUAAUACAUGGCCAACCACACUUUUUCAAGGCAGGGUGGUGAAAGUAGAGUACAUUCACAUGACUAGCAUAAUACCAUUAUGCAUGUGAUAUGUUCCUGUUGUGUAAAAGGCUCUGUUGCCUUAGUUUUGUGUUACGAUGGUGAGAUAACGGUUCCCUUUGACCAAAGAGCAGCGCGAGGCCAUUGUGCUCCUUGACUCUGCUUUGUAACUUGAUUUGAUAAUGGUUCAUCAGUAUCUCGCUCCUUGUACCCACUUUGACUUAAUAUGCCUUCAUACACAAAGAUACAGGAAAUGGGAGCACAAGUAAAUCAUAGUCUUUGUAGCCUUCUCCCAUUAAUCAACACAAUUGUGACUGAUCUUGGGCUUCAACUCCAUUUUCCUGCUCAAUUCCUGUGUCCACUAACUCCCAAAGAAAUCCAAAUUCUCUCUCUAUCCCAGCCUUAAAGUAUGUCCAACAGUGGAUCAUCCAUAGACCUCCAUGGUAGAGGAUUCCAAUUAUUAAAACCAUUGUGUGAAAUUCUCAACGUCUCCUGGAAAAAUCAUCUAAGUCUCAAAAAUAAUUAUCCCUUUAACUGAGAAUGCUAACACACCCCCAUCCCCAAUUUCUAGUUUUUUUUCCCCCACUUGUGGCAUUCUCUGACUCAGUGCCAUAGACCCAACAAAAAUUUGUCCUGGAUGUUACUGAAAAGACUGUUUUGUCGAAGGUUUUUGUUCUGCAUCAAUCGGGGCAAUUUGCAAUUAGAGAGGAAAACCCUCCUCAAUAUAGGUAGUCAUUUGCUGGUAUAUUUCUCAAUCUGCUUAGUUAAAACCAGGCAGUUAACUGUCAAUCAUUAUGAUUGGUUCUCCAGCACCUCUACUAGUCAGAGUUAAUUUGCCAACCCAUAAAUGUUGUAUUUCCCCUUUAAAUCUUUAUUGUUGCAAAUUGUCCUGAUGAGCGCCAGACAAAGCUUGUAAAACAUGCUUUUUUUUCCAGCAAUACUCAAAUUCUGUACUACGAACUGACUAAAAGUCUAUCCAUUUAACUUAAUUUUGAAUGACUGUUGGUGCUCUCAUAGAUUUUCAGAUUUUCACUAAACUUCCUUUUGGAAAAAGUUAUUCCUGAGGCCCUCUUUGAACAGUCUCUCCCUAAUUUUAGUAUUUGCUCAGUAUUCUGUAUGCCCUGCACUAACACAAAUAGUUUAUCUGUAUUAAUUUCAUUUGAUUCCUGUUAUUAUUUUAAAUCCUUCAAUUGGAUCACUCUAUAACUUACUAAAACUAAUUGGAGUGCAAGCUGUUAAUGCUAUCCACUUUAGUAUUUGCCUAGUAUCUGAUUUGUUGUCUAGGCAUCCUGAGUUACUCCGCAGUCAGUUAUGACUAAGUAUUUUAUGACUUAGAUUUUGAAGAGUAGCCAUUACUUUGUGGUAAAAACGUGUACUUCAAUCUUGAAUACUUGGCUUAGCAACGUGGUCUCUCUGUAAGAGAGCAAUUGAGUCACCUAACAGUGAAUGUUAGAAUAUUGUUGACUUGGGUAGCUUGUGGUGGAAGGGCGUGGGGGUUGCUUUCUUUGGCAAUCAUUUACUUGGAGCACCAAGUGUUUGCUUUGUAGCUUGGUGGAGCGAACAGCUGCAUUAAUGUUGCUGUUUGACAGACAGUGACAGUUUGAGGGGAUGUUUUCCUGGGCAAUAAUAACUGGAAGGCAGCAGGGGUUAUUGGGACCACUGUACUGCUCCUUUUGAGUCAAAAGAAACUUCCAUGCUGCAAGUUUGUUUAAGAAGUCGAUGUGCUGAGUGGUGGUAAUUCUGUUAAAGUUGGAAAUUCCUGUGCCUAAUAUUACACCAUUAUAUUCCAUUCUGAUACUAACCUUGAAACUGACUUGAUGAAAUGUACCUCCAUUUCAAACAUUUGGGUAUCAAAGUGAUAAAAGCAAUAAAAGUGUUGACUGGAAUUUGUUGAAUGAAAUUAAAGUUUUUGUUUUGAAGUCUUGCUCCUCGCAUUUCUAUAUACCUGUUGCUCCAUAUUCUAACGAUUGUCAUCAGAGUGCAGGCUCAGAUUGUAUUUGUCUUGCACUUACCAAGUUGGGAUUAUGAUUUAUUUGGUUUCAUGAGAAGCUCAAAGGACUUUUGGUAUUAAAAACCAAUGCAGAAACGUUUUUUUUAACAUAAUCCCCCAACAGGGGUUUAAAUUAAACAUCAAGCAACUGCUUGGUAAACAGCCUGGCUUAAAAGAGAGGAUUGUACUAGGUUCUGCAGUUUGCAUCAAUUGCACUUUACAGAUGUUACACACUGUCCUGUAUCUAUUUUAAUAAAAUGUACCGCGCUCUGA